UCAUUUACGCGGUAAAUGCGAGUGUUUCGACAAACUGGGACAAAAGCAGGAAGUAGUGGAAAAAUAACAGGAAAAGACCAGAGUAAGAGAAAAGAGAGAUGUGUGUUAAGUGGGACCGCGCGUAACUUACAUUACUGGAUAUUUGUAAUUCUCGUUUUUCGGGAUAUCGCUGUUGUCGUGGACAAGAAGAGUGUCUUGCAAACGCUUGUUUUUAAAUACCAGAUGGCUAAGAAGUGCAAGAGUUCAGAACUGGUAGUGGCCUGUGAGUGGGCAUCAUGUACCUUUAAAGGAAAUAGCAUGGAAGAGCUUUGUGAUCACAUUUCUGUUCACUUGAGAGAACAUCUUGGAGAUGGAGACACCAUGGAAGAAUUAGAUGAUUAUGCCUGCCUGUGGAAUGGAUGCGAGUUUUUGGCAAUGGGAAGUCCCAACGAGUUGGUUGUCCAUGUGAAUUUUCAUAUCUUCCAUGCCAAACUGAAGUAUAUAGGAUCACAGCUAUUGCUUACUCAUCCAGAGCUGCGCAUGUGUUCUCAGGAUCGUCACAGUAAGAACCUUAUUCCAGAGCUGUCAGAGGCAUUUGUAUGUCAGUGGGAGCACUGUGAUAGUACUUUUAACAACCCAGAGUGGUUUUACCGUCACGUGGACAUGCAUGCCCAUUGUACUGAAAAAGAGGUUCUCCCCAACAGAGGCAAAGGUCUCUACUGCUGCUGGAAAGGCUGCGAUGCCACUUUCAAGAUUAAGUAUCGUUUGCGUGAGCACUUGCGCAGUCACACACAAGAAAGAGUGGCAGCCUGCCCUACUUGUGGAUGUAUGUUUGCUAGCAAUACAAAGCUCUUUGACCACAUACAAAGGCAAUCUGUGACAGAAGAACCUUUUUUGUGUGAACACUGUGAAAAGCCAUUUGCCAGUGAGAGGUUAUUGCGGGAUCAUGUCCGCCAGCACGUUAACCAUAUAAAGUGUCCUUUGUGUGACAUGACCUGCACUACCCUUGCUUCUUUGAGAACACACAUAAAGUUCAGACACUGUAAUGAGAGGCCAUUUCAGUGUGACUUUUGUGAAAGCAGUUUUAAAAACCCUCACGAUCUGCGUAAACAUAUGGAUACCCAUAAUGAAGGAGCUGCUUUCCACUGCAGUGUGGAAGGAUGUAAAUACUCCUCCCGAAUGGCACACACCAUGAACCAGCACUACAGAAGAGUCCAUGAGGGGGACACAAUGGCCAAAUACAAAUGUCACAUCUGUGAUAAGUGCUUCUCUUGGUGUUAUACUCUUACUCUUCACCUACGCAACAAGCAUGAAUUGAAAUGGCCUUCUGGACACUCUCGUUUCAGGUAUAAAGAGGAUGAAGAUGGAUAUUUGAGGCUGAAUAUGGUCCGUUAUGAGACUGUUGAGGUUACAGAACAAAUCAUGAACAACAUGGCAAAGAAGCGUACACCACGGAAAGCAGUUUCUAGUUUGUCAUCCAGUGAUCGGGUUUCGCUCAGCAACCAAGGAAAAAAUCCUUCUGUAACUGCAGGUCAAAAUGUAUCUGCCCCUGGUCACCUUGUCCAGUGUGAGACAAGAGAAGAUGCUGUCACAGAAAAGACUACCUCUGGUGAUGCAUCACCAGUCUACUGUGUCCUCAGCAAUGUUACAGAUCUCUUGCCUGAAUCUGGUUCAUCACCAGUUAGGGUAAUGGACACUUCUCAUAGAAGCACAACAGGGGCAGUUGAAACACUGACUGAAGUUGCAAGGGGACUUGGCAUACAGAUUGUAUAAAUUCUUUUUGAACUUAAAUUUCCACCCCAUCAUCCUGUAAAAUUUAAGCUGUCAUUCUAUUAAAUAUGGAGUUUGUGAUCAUCUGAAAAUUAAACCUUUUGAAUCUUAAGUUUACAGUAGUAAAAAGACCCCUAGAUAACUCAGGUUUUAUAGUACAGAGGAUACCUAUUUCACUUGGCUCUUUAUUUGUACCAGUAAUUUUCAGCCUUUAAGUGCACACUGUCUGAUCAGAAACAUCUGGAUUGUGUUUUGCUUCUUAAUCAAUUUGUAAAUGGGUAUUAUAGAAGGUUUAGAGGCAAGUUGACAUCUUUAGAAACAUUUAACAUUACCUUUUUUUUUAAACUGGUUUAUCAAGUAGAAGACAUUGUUUCCCAUAGUAAAUAUUUUGGACUUUGCGAUUACUGGUGCUACAUAAAAUUGUGUAUAUAUUGGUGGUAAUGUGAUUAUAUAAUACUCCAUUUAAAA